GCAACGUAGAGUGGUUCGACUACACGGGCAACGGGAAGAGGACUGGCUGCGGCGCGGAGGACUCGGCACGGCUGGAUAAUUGGCUGCUUUCGGCUGAAAAGGAGGACGAGGUCGGAUGUUUCGGAGUGAAAUCCGCGAAGGCCAGGCGAGGUAAAGAGACGCUGGCCGCCAGAGCUCGUUUCUGGUCUUCAUAAACAGAGCGGACAAAGUUCUUCCUGUUCAAACUUUGUGGCGGCGAAGUGUUUUUUUUUUUUUGUCGCCGUGGCUAACAGCGCGAGAGAGCGCGCGCGGAGUGUCUGCGAGGGGAGAAUGGCAGAAAUAAAAUCAUUCGGCUCGGUUCGAUGUUUUAGUGAGACGCUUUUUAUAUAGAAAGUAAUAAAAAGUCGUCUCUCUCUCUCUCUCUCUCUCUCUGUCUCCCUCCCUCUCUCUCUCUCUCUCUCUCUCUCUGAGCUGGCGCACUCUGAGCGCUCCUUUCCUGCCAUUCUUCUGCGCGCCUCUGCGCUUCCUGCUCGGACUGACCACAGCACUGGACGGCUAAAAAUACUGACUACUCAAAAUGGACAACUAACUGGACUUUUUUUGUCCCCCCUCCUCCUCCAUUCACUCAGAAACUCAUCCAUCUUUGCUUUUGCUUUUGGAUACGUUCUGGUCUCCUUUGCUUUGGUCUUGCGCCUUGUGCACCAUCCGUCCUACGUUUUUGACGUUCGGAUGGUCAGCAGUUCCUUGGUUUGUUCAUUAACAUCAUUUCUGAUGCCGAGUCGAGACAUUUUGCAUGCGAGGCGCGCUCAUUUUCCUUCAGUGAUUUUUACAGCUCAGAAGUAAGUCCUGAGGGAGCUGCAUGGAGUCUGGGUGGCCUUUUCCAAGUUGGCACGUACGCAAGAUCUCUUGAGUUCCUCUGGCCUGGAGACUGGAUUUCGAAAAGUGGUUGCUUUAAUGGAGCCAUAGGUCUGUGAUCUCCAUGUCCACAGGUGUUGGGGUGUUACUGAGGAGUGCUCUGGCUGACCAUGGCUGCGUGGUAGUGCGCUGCUUGGCCUUGGAGCAGGGUGCAGAAGGCCCUAAUGAGCCUCAUAGAGGGCUUGGAAAGGGAGAGAGGCGCUGGAAAGAUCACACCUGUUACAUCCCAGUGGAUUCGGCCAACCGAAUCACGUUUUGAGCCCCCUCGCGCAAAAAGAGCCCUCCAUGGAGCCGCUGAAGAGCAUAUUCACCCGCGGCCCUCUGGCUCACUGGAAGAGUCUGGAGGAAUCUCAGAAGGGAAGCUUCAGCAACCCGGUAUGGACCGCUCUGUUUGAUUACGAAGCUUCUGGAAAGGAUGAGCUGACGUUACGCAAAGGGGACGUAGUGGAGGUCCUCUCUUUGGACUCUGAGGUGUCCGGAGAUGAGGGCUGGUGGGCUGGCAAGGUGAACAACAAGGUGGGCAUCUUCCCCUCCAAUUAUGUCUCGCUCAAGCCUGGUGGCUACAGCAACCUGGCCCCUAACGUAAGUGGCGUAGCGCACGAGCUGCAGUUUGAGCCCGAGGUGGUGGAUUUCCGGGAGUUGAAACUGGAGGAGGUCAUAGGGGUCGGCGGAUUUGGGAAAGUGUACCGGGGCGCCUGGAAAGGGGAGCUGGUGGCCGUCAAGGCGGCCCGUCAGGAUCCGGACGAGGAUAUCAGCGUGACGGCACAAAACGUGCGCAAUGAAGCGCGGCUCUUCGCCAUGCUGACACACCCCAACAUCAUCGCCCUCAAAGGGGUGUGCCUGCAGGAGCCCAACCUGUGCCUGAUCAUGGAGUACGCCUCCGGAGGGCCGCUGAGCCGCGCGCUGGCCGGCAGACGCAUCCCUCCGCAUGUCCUCGUCAACUGGGCCGUGCAGAUCGCCCGUGGAAUGCUGUACCUGCACAGCGAGGCCAUAGUGCCGGUCAUCCACCGUGACCUCAAAUCGAACAACAUCCUCCUGGCUCAGCCGAUAGAGAAGGAUGGCAUCGAGGGUAAAACUCUGAAGAUCACAGAUUUUGGGCUGGCACGAGAGUGGCACAAAACCACCAAGAUGAGCACAGCAGGCACCUAUGCCUGGAUGGCACCAGAGGUCAUCAAAUCCUCCACCUUCUCAAAGGGCAGUGACGUAUGGAGUUACGGUGUGCUGCUGUGGGAGUUAUUAACAGGUGAGGCUCCUUACAGAGGUAUAGAUGGUCUGGCUGUAGCGUAUGGAGUGGCCGUCAAUAAGCUGACCUUACCCAUCCCCUCCACAUGCCCUGAGCCAUUCGCCCAACUCAUGUCAGAGUGCUGGGAGCAGGACCCCCACCGCAGGCCGAGUUUCGCCUCUAUCCUGGCUCAGCUGUGCGCUCUGGAGCAGCAGGUGAUGGAGGAGAUGCCUCAGGACUCCUUCCACUCACUGCAGGAGGACUGGAAACUGGAGAUCCAGGACAUGUUCGACGAGCUCCGCGCCAAGGAGAAGGAGCUGCGGUGUCGGGAGGAGGAGCUGAAGCGAGCGGCUCUGGAGCAGAAGUCUCACGAGGAGUUCCUGCGUCUGCGGGAGCAGCAGCUGGCGCAGUGGGAGCAGGAUGUGUUCGAGAGGGAACUUUCACUGCUCAUCCUCCACCUCAACCAGAACCAGGAGAAACCCAACGUCAAGAAGCGCAAAGGAACCUUCAAAAAGCACAAGCUGAAGGGCAAGAACGGAGAGAAAAUCAGCAUGCCACAGGAUUUCAUCCAUAAGAUCACAGUGCAGGCGUCUCCAGGGCUGGAGAAGAGACGAAACUCUCCAGAUUUGGGGUCUCCUUCGAUCGGACCCCGCUUCCGUGCCAUCCAACUGAGCCCCAGUGAUAGUAAGUGGAACUCCGUGUGGCCACUGGAGACUCUUCCUCUGAAGCAGCCAAAUGGAGAGCGCAGACUGCCCCCCCACUGGAGCCCCCAAAGCCCUAAAAGCCCCAAGAGCCCCAAAGUCCUGCGCCUCAGUCCACAAGAUUGCGGUCUGUCUAUGAGGGCGAGGCUGCUGGAGGUGGACAGUAAUGAGAAUGGAGACUCCAAAGAUGACUUUGAGGAGUACAGACCCACUACACCAGAACCAAGCCAGAAUGGCUCUGGCUUGGUUAAGGAGCCUUCCUGGACGGCUCUUCCAGAAGAGGAUUCCGGGAGUGAGGAGGGAUGUUUGUCCCACCGCAGUUCCCCAAACCCUGACUGUCGCUCUAGCAUUCCCGCACAUGCUAAAAGCACUCACCGGGCUUUGCUCAGUGGCGCCGCCCUGCUGGCCUCCGUGGCUCUGGGACGGCAUUUAGAGCCCCAGCACCCACCAACACCCCCUCCACGAACAGCCCCCAGGACUAACCACCCUGCUCUGGAGCUGGAGCGAGAGCGCCCUCCGGUGGCCGUAGAGGACUUGCCCACAGACCCAGCUGUUGUUGGGGAUCUAAUCACGUUUAGUACAGACUCUCUGCCUCGAGGGCUUUUUGAUGCCCCAUUGAAGCCCCCCGAAACCAAACCCUUACCUCUGACUCCCCCUCCACCAAACCCCAGAGACAGGUCAGGUCGCCGGACCCCCCAGCACAGCUCCGCCGAGUGGAUCGCUCAGGCUAAUGGAGAGCCAGCAAAUGAGGGUGUGAGUCAAACUGGAGAUAGAAGGAGGAGAUCCAGUCAAGGACUUUCCUCACAACUAGUGUUGGACCUUCCUUUGUGCCAAGACACUAUGGUGGAAGCAGACGACAAAUCCCCCACCCCGUUCGCUCUUUACCCGGACCCUCGUCUCUGGAGCCCCAAAACUCGCCGCCUGGAGGUCAACAUCAUCCCACGACCCCGGCCGUCCCCCAUCCGGCCCCGGAUCGAUCCCUGGAGCUUCGUUUCUGCCGGUGUGACAGAAAAAAGCAACUCGCGGAACAACCUCUCGGCUAGCAGCCCCACGAGUCCACGUCUGGGGUACCAGCCUUCGCCUACCAACCCCUUCACGAACUGCGAUCCUUUUCCAUCCCCAGAUUGUGACCCUUUCAGCCUCAGGGCUGACCCCUCUGUUAACUCUGACCUUCCCUCACCCUUCGAUCCCUUCUCUGCACCUUUUCCCACUUCACGCUCCGCACCGUGCUCCACUAACGGCAGCCCCAACCUUUCUCUCAGGGUCGCUCCACUGAACCCAGCUGACUCCCCACUCAUUGACCUGGGCUGGGCGGGGGUCGCCAAGCCCCAAGGUGUUGCCAAAGAAAAAGUUUGCCCCAGGAGGGCUCUGGGUCUAAGUCCCUUCAGGUCGCCGGCACAACUCAGAGACGACAGAUUCUGAACUUCAGAAGUGGAAGCCACACUUAUCUGUCAAAUACACUUCGAAUCAAGACAGCGUGGCACCCAAGCAGCAGCUGCCCUCAGUAUUUGGUGCUCUGGAGAUCUUUGAGUUCCUUUGGAAAGAGGAUAAAUGCACAACAGCUUUGGUUGACUUUGAAAACGUAAUGCCCCAAGCAGUGGAUGUUUCUGUUCUUACAUUGUUGCCCUUAAAACAAUAGAACCUAAUGAUAUUUGCAGAUCUUUAUGAUGCAGAUUAUGCAUUCAGACAGGAUUAUUCCACAACCGAAUCAACCUUACUCGCAUAGUGACACUGUAAAACUGGGGAGCUUGCCCUUCUUAAAUCUUUAUUGCCUGUGAAUCCCAGAAACAGAGAAGCUGAAAUAUGCAUUCCUUUCAGAUGCCCUUUUCCAUUGGUUACCUUCAGCAAGCAAAAAUGCUAACUAUGAGCGAGAGCAGGAAAGGAAAGCCAGAGAGAAAGCUUUGUUGCUAACUGGCAUUUCUAGGUUUUAGUCAUCAUUAGCUGUGUUUCCAUUUUUUGGUUGAACUGUUCUUUUAAAACAGUGGUGCAAAGUCCCUAAUAUGAGUUUAUUUGGUUUUCUUUACUUCAUAUUAAGCAGAUUGUUGUUCGCCUGCGUCUCUGCCUCAAAAUCUCAUUGUCUAAACGGUUGUCUUUGCUGCGCUGGACCUUUGAAAUCCAUAGCAGCUUGUUUCAGCCCAGUCCGCUUCUUGACUUACGUAUGCUAUUUUGACAAGACUUGAAAAACACAUUGCCUUUCAUAGUUUCUCUUUCGUACAGGGAAAGGUAACAUUCCAAGUACAAGGCUAAAGCAUUGUUCUGCGCACAUAAGAACAUGCUGCAGGGGAGAACAAAUCAGACUCACUGAAUAUUCUGCACAUGUGCCAAAGAAUGGAAAACUCAGGCCAACAGCGCAUUGCUGCGUUGUAGCAUAAAUUGCAGGCCCUCCACAUUUACCGGUAACCAAAUCUAAAUUAGCACAUCAACAAGGUAACAGUUAGCCAGAGAAUGGUUUCAAAUUCUCUUAAAACACGUCAGCAGGCGUCAUUUCUACUGGGCAAAAAGUAACUAAAAUUGACAUCCAGCCUCUGCCCAAAAUGUGCUUCUUCUUAGCAACUGUUGCUAGGUCAGACAAGCUUUAUAGAAUGUUGAUCAAAUGCCAUUCAACCUAAUAUAUCUAAAUUUGGAGUGGCAGUGUUAUUAGUUUUAAAUAAUGCUUAUUUCGUAUGCAUGUGGACGGUCAAAUGUUAGAAUAGAUUGAGUGUACUUUUUCCUGUAGUCUAGCCAAGCCGUGCCAUUGUUUGCACAAUGGCAAAUUUGUAGUUGUUGUUUUAAAGUUUCGAUUUGCUACAACAAUGUAAUCCAAACCCGAAAUGCUUGUCCGAACCUGAUGGGACUCGACUGCUCGCGUUGGGUUUAGAUGGGUUCAGCCGUUAUUUUACAUAUGCGCUUUAUGUCCAAAAGUAUCUAGAAGCCCAUUCUAAUUGAUAAAUUCGGCAAAUUAAGGUCACCCAUUGCUAACACUGGUGUUCAGUUGCACAUACAGCUUGUAUGAUAGAAAAAGCACUGACCGAUGGAAUAGGAUGCUGGAGCUGGCGCACCAUGCCCAGUGCCAAGCAUGGGCUAGAGGGGUAUAAAGCCCCUCUGGCGCAGUUUAAGUCCGUUCUCUGGAGUGAUGGAGCUCCAUCCAAUACCUUUGGGAGGAGUUGGAGCGAUUCGGAACUCAUCAUCCAACAAAAAUAUUAAUCCAAUCGUCCCCAUGGGCUGGUUAGGGUCAGUUUCUUGUGUUAGUUUGGGAGUUUAAAUUAAAGCUUAGGAUACACGUAAAGCUAAAUUAAAUUAAAGCUUAAAGCCCAACUAAAGCUCCAGCUCAGUAGCAUAGCAUUUUAAAUUGGACACUCAACUAUAUCUAAACUCUAAACUAAGAUCUCUGCAGUUUCUCAGUCAGUUGAAUAUUUUUGUCACCGUUCUAUGAAGUUUGUCCAACCUGAUAACGUUUGCCAUGACAGAAUGCAUUUGUGUGCAGAGCCUGAAUAGAUAAGUAGUGGAAAACGCCCCCAUUAUUAUAUUUUAGUGGUUUAUUUGUUUAUCCUCUUUUAAAGAAGGAAGGAGUCACAUCGGAGACGUUUUUCUCUCUGAUUUGACCAGAAACCUGUGGCUAAUUGAUUUCAGCCAGAGUGACAUGAGCUCCAACACAAGCAGACACCACCGGGUUUUUCCCUGGGACUAAUUAACUUUAAUUAACUCGAUGUCUAACAGCAAAGAAAUCAAAGAAAAGGCAAAACAUGUGUAGCUUGAUCACCUUGGCCAGACUGGCUUCUUCUAAUUUAAGCCACAAAGUAUGGUGCCCCAAAUCUUCUUUAAACUACUGACUGGAGGUCUUGAUGCGUAGGACGUCUCCUCUACCUCCCUCUUAUGUGAUCAUAGCGAUAAUGUGCAUGUACUGUACUGAAAAAGAUUCUUAUCUUUUAUCUAUGUCGUUUUUUUUCAUCCGUGAAAUUCCUUCUUGAGCUCAGCCUUACAGGGGAGAGGGGUUGAUAUAACAGGAUUUAGUGUUUUUCCCCCCCUUUUCGAAACAUUGUACAGCAAACUUGCUGUACAGCUCAUAAUAGAGAAGUGCAGACAGUUUUUCCCAUUCGUGGGCAUGCAUUUGAAGUGAUAAGUUCAGAUUUUGUUAGCAUUAUUAUAAGAAUUUCUUUUGCUGGAGUGACAUCUUACAUUCCACUUCAGCCUCAUUCCCCCGAAGUGACCUCUGGGUUGUCUGCCAUGAUAACAUAUAAUCGCCGCUCGGUUCCCUCUUCAAACAAGGAGAGUAAUUUCAGCUUCUUCGGCCGAGGCUGGGGAGAAUUCGGCCUGUAACAUCAAAGCAUCCCUGGAGGCUUUUUCACUGCUGUGUUAUUGCCUCUGUUCCCAAAGUGCACAGAAAGCGAGAAUCUCUCACUGUGCAGAAAUUCUGUGAGCACAGGGUUAGAGCAGCAGCCCUGCUGUAAGCAUUAACUUAGUGUGAGAGGUGAAUGCAGUCGAAGUCUGUAGAGAGUCUGUGUACAGAGGAAAUGUGACAUUAGCGGGGCGCCGUUCAGACAUUGAUCCAUGUUCUCUCUGCAAGUUUGGACAAACUUUACUGAAGUUUGAGAAAAGUCUCAUUCAACCUAAUGAGAAACUUAAGCGCACAACUUAUUUUUUGCCAUAAUAUUUACAUUUAGAUUGUAUUAUUAAGGUCAGUUGAUGUGUAAGCUUGUAAAAGCUCAAAAUUUUAGGAUAGAUUGAGCAUAGUCAUUUUCUUCAUGUAAUCACGUUUUUAAACAUGUGGCUGCUAAGUUGGACCUCAACUUUUUAUAGUAUACAUCUUACUUCAAUACAAUAUGUUAAAGAAACCUAAUAAAAGGGUCCUGGUUGAGGUCUUGGGGUGACCAAAGAUGACAACGAGAAGCUAAUUUUUCAGUAGCCCUCAGUUAGGUUAGCAUCAGUGAGUUAAAGAGCUAGCUAAGCACACUUUGUAAUGCCCCCACUUUUUUGAGAAGUCAGUGCGCUUUAGUUUAGUUGCACUGUUUUUCUUCUUUCUUGCUAGUUGUGUAGCCCUUAGCUAGCUAACUAGCAAGUUAGCAGAGCACAGUAACAAACAUUAGGAAUAGAUGAAGUAGUUUACUACAUGAAGCGCAGUUUGAAAGUGCCAAGUAGGCAGAAGUCUGGCUUCUAAAUCUGGUAUCAAAGAUUCGAAAACAGCUCUACAUUUGCCUAACUUGGCAAAGUUGUAUGCUACAGUUUCUGAUUAGGUUUCAUUUUUGCCAACACAAAGUUGUCCAGCUUUGCAACAGUAACUACAAAACAAUGCAUUCAAGGGUGGAGCAUGGAUAGAGCCAUUGGCAGAAAAAGCUCGUUCCCUUCAGAAUAGUUGAAGUUGAGCUUGGCAUUAUGACCAUAUUUACUGUUAUCAUGAUGAGUGACCCCACAAUAUGUCACCGUCUGCCUUCCUGAGCAUACCGUGGAUAUCGUCAGCAUUUGAAAUUCACUUUCCAACUGCCUGCUUGAUUAAAAAGAGAGCUUAGCCCUGUUUGAUGUAGUGCAGCACAGUGUGUGAAGUGUUGAAUACCUUUGAGCAGUUGGAUUCAUAGUUUUUGAUAGUAUUUUUAAAACGUGGCACUAACUCGUCUGUUCCAACUUAACAGAUGUCAGAAAAAUUAAAUAGCGUGACGUGUAUCCUAAAAAAUUUCCUAAUCCUAUUAUGAUAUUACAUUUUGCCAUAUUGACAUAUUUGCCAUAUAUUCUAUGUUGAAGGAAUCUUCUCUCAAGGAGAAGCCUGCUAAUCUUAGCCUCAUACAUAAUAAUCAUGAGCAACAGGCUUCAGUGGGAAUGCUGCCUACUUUAGGAAUCUUGAUGUACAGUACAGAUUACCCCUGACCUUCUUCUUCAGUUGUUGACUCUCAGAUUAAUCUGUCUGCUUGCUGCUGAACAACCAACACUCACAAAAGCUGCUGCUAUCUCUCCAGAUAGACAUUGCGCAUCCAAAUUUCCUCCUCAAAGUUAGCCUUAAUCCUAUCUCUGAAACAACCAUGGUUUUACACUGCUUAGCGAUAGCAUCUAUGAGGGUUGACUCCCUCAUGGUGAGUGUUAGCACUGUGGCUGGCCUGUUCUUUUUUUGAUGCCAAAGAUGAAUGCCUGUGAGAUUUGUAGUUUGGUUUCUUGUCUUCAGUCGUUCUGAGAUUGACGAUUAUUUUCACAGGGUGGUGAUUUAGCGAAACUAAAGAAAACAGUAUUUUAGAGUUCAAAGUGGUCUUGUGCGAGACCGACAGUGUCAAUUUGUGAGAAAGCCAUGUCAAGAGGCUGUAUAAUUGUGGCUAGACCUCCCGACAAUGUGCAGUUUUGUCAGUAGCGUCCAAAUACGUUUCAGUCUAGCAUUUUCCAGUUUAGCAUUUCUCACAGUAAAUUUGCUGCCACAUUUUCAGAACUGCAGAGGCAGAAGAAUGUUUCCCAGGCCAGCGGUUCAGAAAUCCAUUAACUCAUCUCAGUUCAAAUCAAGCUCAGAUUGAACCCUACCUCAACCCCUCAGACCAUUCGCCACAGGCUACGUUUUCAUGCUAAUGUUACACAUACCGUUGUUUUUUCAUGCAAACACCUAGCUGACAUCAGUGCUGUCAAAAACUUUGGAAAAAAAUGGAUGAUUCCUGGUGUAUUGUCAGUUUUUAGUACACACUAACUGGCAGAUAAACCAGGAUGAUUUGUGAGUAGGCUUUGUGAGUCGAUUAGCCAUCCUGCUCUCUCAGGCAUUGCGCUGUUCUGUCAUUGCUAAUCACUGUCUAGCGCUGGAGACAGAAACGGGCCAACACAGAAACAGAAAAUCCAGCUCAGCUAUUGCUGAGAAACUUCUAAUGGUUUAAUGAUCCAUGUAAAUACAUUGAAGUUCAAAAUUGAGGCCUGAUAUUCUGCGAAUAGAGAACCUUAAAAGAAUGGUUUAGCUAGAAAAGCUAACAUGGCUAAGGUGAAUGGUAGCCAGCAGGGCGUGAAAUUGUUCACUGAGCUGAAAGAAAAUAGUUUUAUGCUUAUUUUUUUAAAGAACCAUUCCCCCCUCCUUUAAAAGAGUGGACUUGUUGUGAAUCAGGAACAGUUUAAAAGUUAUAGAUAACUGAUGAUGAUGCUAUCUCCAUCAUAAUGCCAUGUCUGCGAACCUCCAGUGAAGCUAAAACUGCUCUCUGUGCAUCAACAUUAGCAUAAGUUGCCAUUUAGGUCUGGCAUCUGAAACAUUAGCAUUAUCUCUCCUGCGUUUUUGCUGGCAAUUUACAAGGUCACCAUCUGCUGGCCUCAUUUCGGAGAUAACAAUUAGUUCUUAAAUCAAAUAAAUUGAAUGUGGGGGUGUGUUUCCGAGGCAACAACUCCCGCAUGCUUGUGAUGGACCCCCGGGUCAGACUGAACAGGUGUGCGCACACCUGACGCCCAGUAGACAUUUAUCUCAGCCAUCAUAUCCAGUCUUAUUUAUUGGCACCGUCUUGUCCUCUGCUGUUAAGUGGUUGUUUCUUAGAGCUUUUUAUGCAUGAAUGUGUGGCAAACAAUCCUUUACUUGUCAGCAGGUCGUGGUAGUUCCAGUCAGUAGCCAAUAGUUACGCAAAGAUCCUCAGAAGACACUGUUGUCAUUCCAUGUGCCAAAGAAAGACUUUUUGAUCUUCAAGUUGUAAACUGCUUCUAAGCCAUGUUGCAUGGGGGGGGGGGCGUUGUGAGUGAGAAUAUCUGGCAUUUCUUCAUUUAGUCCAGGCUGUAUUGUGGAAUUAGAAUUAGCAGCGCUAGGCUGACCUCCUUGCAGAUGCUUUGCCUUAAAGGGGCAUUCUCACAUAAAACUAGCUUUUGGUAUAUCAUGUUAUGCAGUAUUCUACAGUGCAGCGUUGCAUCCCUCAGCAUCACAGGUUACAUUCACAACAGUGGAUUGACAGAUUCCACUAUUAUAUAUAUAUAUUACAAUAUUCAGUGUGCAGUACACACAUACGUCAAAUAAUAAUUGGGAAUCGCCCCCAUGGUGAUAAAGAAAUCUACAUUAUGUCGCUGUUCAGAAAGAAAACAAGUAUCUCCAAAAUAAAUUCACAGGAAAAGGCGAAACAUUUUUAACUCAUAAUGUAAGUUAAUGUAGAAAAAAUCUGUUUGAAGUAAUUUUGUGUCAUUUCUGUGGGUCCAUUCAUCAUUACAUUUUUACAUAACGUAAAGGACAGCUGCAGUGCUCAAAUGAAACAAGGAGAUACGUGUUUUUUUUUCCGACAGCAACGAUAUAUAGCACUGAUGUGGAGGCUAAUAAACGUAGAUGUGAAAUGUGGCUUUGUAGCAAUAGCAUUAGCUACCCUAUAUGUUUGUCAGCUAGUGGUAAAAACAAUCAAUCAGCCUGCCUUCAUGUGUCCGGCCUAGAGUUUCAAGUGUUAUGCCUACCUUCAAGAUACAUAAUCAGAAAGAGUCUUUACAUGGAAAAGUAUCACUAAUGACUAUUGUGGCACCGCUGUAGGAGUGCCCCUUUAAUGCUGUUGCUGUUUUGUUUAGUGCCAACCACAAUCAACUCCAGCACUUUGUGUCUGAAAACAUAGAGCUUGUGGCCUGUAGGAUCAUAGUACUGUGCUAAACUCCCCUGUGACAGAGAUUUUUUUUAAAAGAGAGAUUUAAAUAUAUUUAUUAAGGCCUUUUAGACACUGGAUUAAAGAUAUUUGAAAGGGCCGGAGACAGAUUCCUCAUCAGGAUGCUUUGUAUAUUGUAUUUUGUAUUUUACUUCACUGGAGUAUGUGAUGAAGUAUGAGUGCUGCAAAGGGACAAAUCAAACUGUGUCUAUGUGUAAUCAGUAACAGACCAAUUGCUCAGAUAUUGCCUGAGUAUAUGUGCCUUGAUUCACAAAGGUUAUGAUUUCCUCCUUUUUUUUUCUUUUCUUUUUUUCCUCCGUUCCUUUUUCUGGGAUGAGACUCAGAAGGUGCAAAACACUUCAGAUGGCCCUCUCAGACACCUUCACGGACACAUUAAACCCUGCAGAUGUUUUGAAGAGCUAGAUCUUGGACUUUUCUGAAUAUUCUCUGUGACCAAGGCGUCAGCCGUCUGCUCCUUUUUUCUCAAGAACACCCUGUUUUGCUCCUUUUGUUCAUUCUUUUUAAUUUUAGGCUUUAUUGUGAUAUUAUAUUCCGCAAAAAGUUGUGUGUUGACUUCCCUUACGUUUAUGGAUAAGUUUGAUAUAUUAUUUUUUUCCCCUCCCACUGGGCUUUGUGUUUUUGCCUUCGUUUUGUGUUUUGUGAUUUGACAUACUGGGCUGGGCCUAAUCAUUCUAUGACUUUGUGUUUCAAAGAGUGUGUGUGUAUGUGUGUGUGUGUGAGAGAGAGAGAGAGAGAGAGCGAGUGAAGUGAGAGAACAAGUAUAUGUUUUAUGUAUGUAUAAAUUGUUUUGUUUUGUUGCCUGUUGUAUUGAGUUUUAACCUGUGGAACAUUAAGAAAAUGGAAAGAGAAGAAACGAGACCAAAUAAAAUUUAACAUGACCUUCAGAA